CAGCGAACUGGUUGUCAGCAAUCAAGCCGAUGCGGAGAACGAAUGUGGUUACAAUCUUGGAUUAUAUGAUUAAUCUAUUAAAGUAUCUGUUCACCUAAUGCGCGAACGUGUAUCUUAACAGCGUCUUCUCAUCUGUUGCAUGUGCUUGGAGCAAUUCCGCCGGCACCAUGGAACAUAUCCGAACGCCUAAGGUGGAACAGGUGAAGCUAGUGGAUCGGCUCAGUAACAAGACGGUCAGUGGCACACUGCACCUCACAGCCACUCACCUCAUCUUUGCUGAGAGUAACCCGGCCAACGCACAGGAGAUAUGGAUCCUGCAUCACCACAUCGCGUCUGUGGACAAGAUGCCGUUGACCACCAGUGGCUGCCCCCUCAUCAUCCUCUGCCGCAACUUCCGCGCCGUGCACUUCAUUCUGGCCCGCGAGAGGGACUGCCACGACGUCUACAGCUCCCUGCUCAGAUUACUACGGCCAGUGUCCUAUGACGAGCUGUAUGCCUUCUCCUACAACCCAAAGCAGAAUGACCAGCAGCGUGAGGAGGGCUGGGGGCUGGUGGACCUGGCUGCAGAGUUUGAGCGCAUGGGCGUGCCCAGCGACCAGUGGCAGCUCACCGACGUCAACAGACAGUACAAGAUCUGCGACACAUAUCCCAGAGACCUAUAUGUGCCCAUCACUGCCAGUAAGCCCAUCAUCGUGGGCAGCUCCAAGUUCCGCAGCAAAGGCCGUUUCCCCGUCCUCACCUACUUUUACCAGGAGAAGAAGUCUGCGAUGUGUAGGUGUAGUCAGCCCCUGUCUGGCUUCAGCGCCCGCUGCCUGGAGGACGAACACAUGCUGCAGGCCAUCAGCAAGACCAACCACAACUGCAGAUUCAUAUACGUCAUGGACACACGGCCAAAGCUGAAUGCCCUGGCCAAUCGUGCGGCAGGGAAGGGCUAUGAGAACGAAGACAACUAUUCCAACAUCCGCUUCCAGUUCGUGGGAAUAGAGAAUAUCCACAUCAUGAGGGCCAGUCUGCAGAAGCUUCUAGAAGUGGUGGGAACGCGUUCGUUAUCCUUCAGUGAGUACCUGGUGGGGCUGGAGAGCUCGGGAUGGCUGAGGCACAUCAAGGCCGUCGUGGACGCAGCCGUCUUCCUCAUGAAGGCGAUGACAGUAGAGGGCGCCAGUGUGCUGGUUCACUGCUCAGACGGCUGGGACCGCACAGCACAAGUCUGUUCACUAGGAGCCCUGCUCAUGGACCCCUACUACCGCACCAUCAAGGGCUUCUUGGUACUGAUUGAGAAAGACUGGAUAUCUUUCGGCCACAAAUUUGCUGACAGGUGUGACCAGCUGGAUGGCGACCCUAAGGAGGUAUCGCCGGUCUUCACCCAGUUCCUGGAGUGUGUGUGGCAGCUGACGGAGCAGUUCCCCCAGGCCUUCCAGUUCAACGAGUGGUUCCUCAUCCAGAUCCACGAGCAUGUCCACUCCUGCCAGUUUGGAAACUUCCUCGGCAACUGCCAACGCCAGAGAGAGGACCUCAAACUGAAGCAGAAGACGUACUCCCUGUGGGCACACCUGUUGUCUGAGCAGCAGAACUACCUGAACCCCCUGUACGACCCCACCUCAGCCCAGACACAGCCCGUACUGGAGCCCAGCACACAGCCAUUCCACUUCAGGUUUUGGAGGAACAUGUACCACCAGUUUGACCGCUCGCUGCACCCGCGGCAGUCGGUGGUGAAGCAGGUGCUGACCCUGAGGGAAGCCUCCAGGGAGCUGGAGAACACACUACGAGAACUGGAGGCCAAGCUGAAGGCUCGUGGCGUGCCGGUCUCUCCUCUGGCGGUGCGGACCUCCCAUCGGCGGCGCCAUCGCUCCUCCCACCCCACCCGGCCGCGCUCCCUCAUCCUGGGCGCACCGCUCAGCCGCAAGGAGGCGCAGCAGCAGCAGGAGACGCAGCAGCAGCAGGAGGAGAAGGAGACGCGAGGCCAGCUGGACGAGGAGCCGGUGGUGGAGGCGCAGGAGGCCCAGGAGCUGGAGGAGGACGAUGACCAUGACGACGAGGACGAUGAGGACGACGACGACAGCGGCCUGGCCCGCAGCUGCAGCGAACGGACAGUAGAGGGCAGCAGCGGCACGGAGAACUGCUACGGGGACCUAGAGGAGUCUUACGGCAGCGCGGGCAAGGCGGAGCCGGCCGUGGUCAGCCUGGAGUACGGAGUGGCACGCAUGACCUGCUGAGCUGCACUGGGGACUGGGGACUGCACCGGAGUUGUGGAAAGUAGAAGGAGAAGUGAUCUUAGAGAUGUAAUUACAACACUUGGUAGAAUGAUAUUACAAAUUUGAAACCAUGUAAUAUCAUCGCACUAGUGUUAUAAAUACAUCUGUAAGAGUAGUCCUACUUCUGCUUUAUACCUCUCUGGACAGUACUGUUCUAUAAAGGCAACGUUGCAGUAGCUACGCCAACUUUGAAACGGAGAAUAAGGCCUUCAAAGCUUUGGUACAAGGUUGGAUAUUGUAUUUUCUGCAAAUUGGACAGAGCAAUAUCUGUAAGACUGGACACACAUUUGGACCAUAACACUUUAUCCCAAGAUAAAGGAGGUGUAAUGAAGACCAUUUUCAGUCUAAACUGAAUUUUGACCAAAAAAUGUAUUACUGCACUUUGCCUUUGUAGAGGAGGCAAUGGCUGAAGGAAUGUUCGAAGGACACAGCAACGGCUGGACUUUCGGGAGACUAGACACAGUCUGGUUUCAAACAGACUUGAAGCAAUUUUCAAAUCAACUGUUGAUAUUUUUUUUGUAACUGAAAAACAAAUUUCCUGGUUGGAAAUUGCCAAUUUCCAGAAUCACCCAUUUGACAUCAAAAACAGAUUUCCUGGCUGGCAUUGCCCAUCAGAAACAAGUCACUCUGUCAUUUCCUGUCCUGAUAUGGAGAAGGGUGUUUCUGAUUGCCAAUUUCCAACCUUUUCCAACGUCCAAUCUGUUUUUCAGUAGCAACAUUAACAGUGGAAAAUGCUUCACAUCAGUUUAUCUCAGUGAUGGACAACCUGUAGAUAUAAUCCAGUGUCAUAUAUCGCAAAAGAUGUUUUCACAGCCCAAUUCAACCAGUUGAAUGUCCCAAUUGGACAGGUAAAACCAGGUCAUUUGGAAUAUGUGGCCCUGGGUUGUAGCUUCUGAAUCCUGGUUGCCCAUCACUGGUUUAACUGAACGGAACAGACCUUUGGUGUCCAUUCUAGGCAGUAUAGAGGUAUUGGCUGGAGGGCAGGUGGAGAGGUCAGGACUGGUUUGAGGUGUUUGAGGGCUUGUAGAUAGACCUUGGGACGGAGUGUGUGUUUGCGUGCGUGCGUGCGUGUGUGUGUGUGUGCAUGGAAAGGGUGUGCGAGAUGAGAGUCUGUGUGUGUAUGGGUCUGAGUGUUUGUGUAUGGGUGUGUGUAUGUGUGAGAUGAGGCAGUGUGUGUGUGUGUGUGUGUUUGCUUGUGUAUGGAUGUGUGUGUAUGUGUGGACGAGUGUGUUGUCUGGCAGCUUUGGUGAUGGCACUACUCCCUGCUUUGGCUGCCAUGUGUCGAAUGGACGAGGAGAGCAGAUGGCUUUGUCUGUGUUGUUGUAAAAUGGCUGUAUGUAAAAGAGAUGUUAUCACAGGCUUCACCUGAAGAAGAAUCUUUUUUUAAAAUAUAAAUAUAUAUAUGUAUGAAAGAGAAUAAUAUCAAUAGCACUAAAAAAUGAAUAAAACUGAUGGAUAUUACCAAAAAAAAUC